CCUCUUCCUCCUCGCGCUCUCUCUAAGUCAUCAUGGCCGGCCUGCCUGUUGACUCCAUCCAGCAUCUAUCUGACGAGCAUCCGAAACCGGUCGAUGUUCACUUCCAGUAUGGUACGGCCGGGUUCAGGACCUUAGGCACACUACUGGACUGCGUGUUGUUCCGAGUGGGCAUACUGGCUGGUUUGCGGAGCAAGAAACUGGAUGGCAAAGUCAUUGGGGUGAUGGUGACUGCUUCGCACAAUCCUGAGCCCGACAAUGGUGUCAAGCUCGUCGAUCCCAGGGGCGAAAUGCUGGAGUCGUCUUGGGAAGCCCACGCGACUGCCCUAGCCAACGCAGCCGAUACGCCAUCGUUUAUCUCUGCUCUCGACACAUUCAUCAAGAACGCAAAGAUCGAUCUAUCCAAGCCGGCCAGAGUCGUGUAUGCCAGAGAUACCCGGCCGUCCGGCGGUGCCCUCGUUUCCGCACUCGAAGAUGGCUUCAAGGCCAUAGGCGUGGACGCUCGCAACGCUGGCGUCACGACUACCCCCGUCUUGCACUACCUUGUCAAGGCGAUGAAUACGAAGGGGACUAAGGACGAGUACGGUGAAGACUCGGAGGGAGGGUACCUCCGGAAACUCAGCGGCGCGUUCAAAAAGCUGGUGUCAGGAAAGGCGCCCCUCGCGCCCCUCAUCGUUGACUGCGCCAACGGCGUCGGUGCUAUAGUAGGAGCUACUCUCGCGGAGCAUCUCGGCGACACUCUGCCCAUCAUUAUUGAGAACGGUGCUACGACGACCCCAGGUGCAUUAAACAACCAUUGCGGCGCUGAUUUUGUGAAGACGCAACAAAAGCUCCCGCCUUCGCUGUCUUCCGUCCUGAAGCCGGGACAACGCGCAUGCAGUCUUGACGGCGAUGCCGAUCGUCUGAUCUACUACUACUUGGAUGAAAGGAGUGUGUUCCAUAUGCUUGAUGGAGACAAGAUUGCUGCUCUUGUGGCUGCGUUCAUUGUCGAGUUGGUGAAGGCUGCUGGGCUGGAGGGCAGGAUAAACGUAGGGGUUGUGCAGACUGCGUAUGCGAAUGGUGCAUCCACAAAGUACCUGUCAGAACGCCUUCCAGUGAAAUGUGUACCUACCGGUGUCAAGCACCUGCACCACGCAGCGGAGCACUACGACAUUGGAGUAUACUUCGAAGCCAACGGCCAUGGCACUGUCCUGUUCUCCCCUGAAACCAAGAAGCAGUUGACUUCCUAUGAACCGUCUACGCCCGCCCAGUCCACUGCCCUGGGGCACCUGAACAACCUCAUGGACUUGAUCAACCAGACUGUCGGAGACGCACUCUCGGAUAUGCUGCUUGUGGAGGUUGUCCUCGCGCAUAAAUCUUACUCUGCAGUGGAAUGGGAUUCUCUAUAUUCCGACAAACCGAACCGACUGGUCAAGGUUGUCGUGAAGGACAGGAAUAUCUUCAAGACUGAAGAUGCGGAGCGCAGACUCGUCAGCCCGCCUGGUUUGCAGGCGAAGAUUGACGAGCUUGUGCGUAGAUACGACGGUGGCCGGUCGUUCGUCAGGCCCAGCGGAACGGAGGACGUGGUUAGGGUUUAUGCCGAGGCCACGGUCAAGUCUCAGGCUGAUGAGCUAGCAUUCCGCGUCGCCGGGCUUGUUUAUGACGAGACUGGUGGCGAUCCCGUCAAGAGACCGAAGGAGUUCUUACUUACCAUGUGCCGCUUCGUUAUUUACAAGGGCACGUCUCCAGUGCAACUUUGCCAUCUCCUUACCCGUCCAUGUCAUUCCAUCAUCAAUCAAGCAUUUGACUCCCGACUUCGUAUUGACCGACGGCGACCGAUUAAUGGGGACGGUUUCGGUGUAGGCUGGUACGAUUCUGUUCAUGACGAAGAGCUGGGAAGUCAGCCUUGUAUAUUCACGUCCGUGACGCCGGCAUGGAACAACGUUAACCUUGUACGUCUGGCCGAGAAGAUCAAGUCACCACUUGUAUUCGCCCAUGUCCGUGCAACCACCGCCGGAUCCUUAUCUCUUGACAAUUGCCAUCCAUUCGUCCACGGAAAGCUUAUGUUCAUGCAUAAUGGUGGGAUCGCCGAUUUCCCGCGGAUAAAGCGUAAGAUCCAGCAGACCCUGCCUGACGAGAUCUUCAAUGUUGUCAAGGGGAACACGGAUUCGGAAUGGGCGUUUGCGCUCCUGCUGUCCAAGCUCCCAGACGCCAAUGCCCACAGCUUCACCACUAAUACUCUCAAGCAAGCCAUGCUCGAUACCAUCGCGCAUCUGAAUGCACUUGCCGAAGAGGCGGGUAUCGAGGAGCCGAGUCUGAUGAACUUUUGCGUUACUGACGGCGAAAGCGUGAUUGUUACGAGGUAUAUCUCAUCAAGGCAGGACGAGGCAGCCUCUUUGUGGUUCUCCUCCGGCACGACCUUCAGCGAGUACGCUCCAGGUGGACAUUACAAGAUGUCAAAGGCAGACAAGCGAGAGAACAUCAUUAUGAUUGCCAGCGAGCCUCUGACAUUCGAGAAAGCUGAUUGGAUGGAGAUCAAGACAAACAACAUGGUGGUCAUCACACCGAAAAUGAACCUCUUGCAGAUCCCUAUCGUCGACAAGUUCUACGUCCCUCCCUCUGACCCGGCAUUCCACAAUCGCGGCACGAGAUUUGCAGCGGAGAAGGGGUUAUUGAGUCCGCGCAGAGCGGUGGCGCCUAGGAGUAUGUUGGACUCUGAGAAUCCGGCCAUGGCUCCAAUAGCUGUUGCAUGAAUUCCUGAGGUACACCGUUGAUGUAUGCUCGGUUCUUAGCCCACCUGUCGUGUGAUGAGACCGUCCGCGUAGUGGCAUCCUUUUGACUAUCGAUGGCUUCUUACAGAUGUGCGAGUGAGCU